GCAUUCGCGAGGUGAGAUGCUUGGUGCUUCCCUCGGAAGGCCUGCAUGUCAAUGAGGGACGGCCAUCUGGAAAUCACUGCUUAAGACACAGAAACCAGCUGCAGCUCUUGCAGCGCACACUUGCUCAAUCACAGGGCAACAAAGGGACGGAUGCUUUUUCUAUCGCUCGGGCCAUUAUACUACACAUAUAUGCACUGACACAGUCUAUUGGAGAGCUGCUAUAUGCAAUUGCUAAAGAAUUGACGCGGUUGACUGCAUCAGACUUCAAUUUAAGUUAUGGAGCUGGAGCACUUUGACGAGCGGGAGAAAGCCCAGAGAAACACCCGCCGAGGCUCCAGGAACAACGGGCUGCCGAGCCCCACUCACAGUGCCCACUGUAGUCUGUACAGGACCCGGACACUGCAGUCCCUGGCCUCGGAGAAGAAAGCCAAGAAGGUCCGCUUUUAUCGCAACGGAGACCGCUACUUCAAAGGGAUUGUCUACGCUAUUUCCCAGGACAGAUUUCGGUCUAUAGACGCCCUGUUAGCCGAUCUGACCCGCUCCCUGUCAGAUAAUGUGAACUUGCCCCAGGGGGUAAGGACCAUCUACUCUAUUGACGGGACCAAGAAGAUAUUGGGCAUGGAGCAGCUGGAGGAAGGUAAGCUAACCCUUAACCAUACCCCAAGGGAUGGGAUGGGACAGUAUUGA